AUAAAAAAAUGCAUUUUGAAUUAAAAUUACGUAAAUGCUUAUCAAUUCCUAUAACCGAAGGAGAUUUGAAGCCCAAAGAAGUUUGUGAACCUUGUUUAAAAAAGAUAAAUGAUUUUUACAAUUUUAUUAUAAUAUGUGAAGCAACUGAUUUUGAAUUUGAUAAAAUUCUAUAUGAAAAUUCAUCAAAAUGGUAUCCAAAACAUGAACCCAUUUAUGAAACCACAUCGACUUCAUCCGGAAAUACAACUGUAUUGUAUGAAACCCCCACAGAAUUUUAUCAAACUCCACAAGAAACAUCAACCGCUCCAGCAGUUACAGUUCAAACAUCAACAGCAUCGACAAAUUAUUAUCAAACAGUCAUCGAAAUAAUUAAACCAGAACAAGUUUCGAAUAAUGCGCAAGAUAAAAUCCCCGAAGAGGAUACUAAUUUAAAGAAACCACAACCACCACCACCGCCGAAUACGGGUAAAAUAAAACCGUUUACUUGUACGGUUUGUAAUAAACAAUUUAUGCGACGUGCCAAUUUACAAAUGCAUGUCUCAAAUCAACAUUCAACUGUUCGUCCAUUUCAGUGUAAAGUUUGUGAAAAACAAUUUUCUACGAAACGUGAGCUACGCGUACACAAUUUAUUACAUACCGAACAAUUUCGUUGUACAUGGUGUGGUCACGUAUUUGUUGCACGCGGUAAAUUAGAAAGGCAUAUUCGUACGCAUACCGGUGAACGUCCAUACGUGUGCGUUAAAUGUGAUAAAGCAUUCAGUGAUAAACGUAAUUUAGACGCUCAUAUAUUAACUUUACACGAUAAUACCGAUAGUACAAAUUUAUCGUUAUCGAUGAAAAAGAAACCGUUUGAAUGUACAAAAUGUCAUAAAACAUUUCGUUCAAAAUCACAUUUAAAUGAACAUUUACAGGUACAUACAAUGGAUCAGCCAUUUAUUUGUGAGCAAUGCGGUAAACGUUUUAAAUGGCGUGCGAAUUUAAUAUUACACAUGCAAGCUCAUUCUGGUAUAUUUUAUGAGUGUACAAUUUGUAAACAAAAGUAUACACGAUCAACACAAUUGAAAAAACAUAAAGAACGUUGCCAUCCUAAUGUAAAAGUGGAAUUUAAACAAGAACAUUAAAUAAUCCCAUGGGUGUGGCCAUGAUUACAUUCAGGGGAGGGCGAGGGGUGUCACCUGCAUUUACAUUUGGGUUGAUCAAAACAAUCGAUGAGACAUUAAUAAAUAACAUUUUCAUUUUUACCUCAACCCCAUUAUGAACAAAUUCAUAUCUUGCCAUUUAUUGAACGUACAACAAAUCUCAACACAUUUAUACCAUGUAUACAGUGAACCCCCGGUAAUCCGGCCCUGUCUAAUCCGGUGUCCCUUGUAAUUCGAACUUUUUUUCUAUUAAAAGAUGGUAAAUAGAUACCUAUUAUUGAAUAUAACAUAUAGAAUUUUAUGAUUGGAUUAUUGAUUUGUCGGAUUACAAGGUACUCUUUAGUCUUAAAAAAUUCUGGACUAUAGGGGGUCUUAAACAGUACUCUAUAAUCCGACAAAUUCGAUAGUUCGACACUGCUCUACAAAACGUUUGUCAGAUUACGGGGGGUCCACUGUAUAUGAAAUAUAUCAAGGUAUACUAAGUCUAGUCCCCAGUUUGUAACGCUUAAAAAUAUUGAUGCUAUGGACAAGAUUUUGGUAAAGGUUUUCAUAAAAUCAACUAAUUAUUCCAUUUUCAGCUGCCCAUCCGUCUGUCUGUUGACACGAUAACUUGAAACGAAACUCAAAAACGAAAAAAGAUAUCAAGCUGAAAUUUUUACCGCGUACUCAGGACGUAAAUGGCCGAGUUCGUAAAUGAGCAACAUAGGUUAAUUGGGUCUUGGGUCCGUACGACUCAUCUUGUAGACCGUUAGGUAUGGAAUAAAAGUUUAAAUGUAAAAAAUG